AUGUCAGUAUCAGAUUGGAAACUACUUAUUGUAGUUCAUUCACUUGAUAAAGUGAAAACUAUUGCUAAAUCAAAUGGUGUUUGUCAAUAUCGAACACAUAAUCUUGUUGGUUCUACAGAAUUUUCAUUCAAAUGCAGUCAGUAUCGCAAAUAUCCUAUAUUUAUCUACGAACUUAAAGCAACAGUGUCAGAUGAUGAUCCAAAUUCGAUUACAAUAAUGUUUAAGAAUGCUCACAGCCAUGAAUAUCGAAAUGAUACAACUCGUCUACCGUCUCCAGUACGACAAUCAGUUGCCAAAUAUGUCGAAAUUGGUUUUCGUUCAGCAUUCUUGAAGGAGCAUCCAAAUAUACCAGUGCCAUCAAAUCAAUUAACAGCAAUAGUACAAACAGAACGGCGAAGAAACCGUGUUGAAAUAUUUUCAGUGUUCGAUUUUCAGCAGUGGUGUGAUAUUCACCGGGAUGGUUCCGUACCACAUUCAACUUUCGUGUCAUAUUACUUUAUAAACGAUAUAAAUGACUUGUUUGUUUUGUUCACGACAAAACAAUUGAUUCGUAGAAUACAGCAAAGUCCAUUAAUUCAAAUAGAUGCGACUUAUAAGGUUACCUGGAAUGAAUUACCUUUAUUAGUUUUUGGUGCAUCAGAUUGUAAGAGAAACUUUAAACCAUUUGGUGUUGCUCUUGUUUCUGAAGACGAGGAUGCAUCAUGUUAUGAACAUCUGUUUAAUUCUCUUCGAUCACUUAGUAUACAAGAACUCCAUCAACCAUACUAUCCACGGUUUGUUAUGGCUGAUGGAGCACCUGGAAUCACAGCAGCUCAAAAUAAAAGAUUUCCAAAUUCAAAACAUUUUAUGUGUUGGUUUCAUAUAAUGCAAAAAUGUCGUGUUCAUCGAAAUCUUAUGACUCAGUCUAAAUGGAAAGAAGUUGAUAAAGAGAUUCACGAUCGUGCAGAUUCAUCAGUAACUAGUUUUUAUGAAUAUUUCAAAAAGCAAUGGACUGAAAAACUUCCCUCUUGGUAUGAAGGUAGUGCCUUGAAUUUACCUUCUACUAAUAAUGGGUGUGAAUCUUUUAAUGCCAAAAUCAAACGUGAAUAUACAUUACGUAACAAGUUACACUUAUCAUCGUUUCUUCCUAAAAUUGAGUCAAUGUUGGAAGAUUGGUCAAAAGACUCCGAUAUCAAUCCAUUUGCUGUUCAAACACCCAUCUCAUCGGAAAACGAAUUAGCUGCAUACGAAUGGUCUAUGGACAUUAAUCGUAGUCGAAUUCAUCAUUGGUAUAAUAAUUUUUACGUCGUUCCAUCAUCCAGUGGUUAG